AAGCAACUUUCUUCCAUUUUGUAAACCUUGAUUGAAAAACCUUUUUUCCAUUUCUCAAUCUAAAAUUUUCCGAGGCUAUGGAGGUCGCAAAGAUUGGAAGAAAGAAAACUAGUCGAAAUGUAGGACAUCAUGAUAUUGUUGGAUCCAAGAGGAAUCAAUACCACUAUGCGAAGUCAAUAGAAGAGAACGAGAAUAUGGUAAAAGAGAUGCAACAACAAAUGCUUCAAAUCGACAAAGAAAUCAGAGAGAAAACGUACAUAUCAGGACUAGAAUACAACUUGAACCAUAGAUGGAGACCGAUUGAGGAUUACCAGCCGAUAGUGUACUUUCGAUCAAAGUGCCCUGAGAAGAUGGUGCUAGACAAACUAACUUUUGCUAACAACGCAUAUCGUGACAAGAAGGCUGUUAUAUCAUUUGCGUCUGGGGAACGAGAGAUUAAUAUCCAUAAUCUAAACCAUCAGAUGUUACACAAUGCGCAUUGUAUGGAUGGUGGUGAGAGACGCCUUCUUAAGAUGCUGAAUCCAAAUAAGGAUAUCGACUCUGGUUCAUCGCUUGCACAAGUUGAAGAACAGAUGUGGAAUUUAUAUACUUUCAAGAAAUGGCCAUAUUUAAAUACCACAAGCACAAUCACAAUCGAUGAAGAAACAUAUAGUAGGAAGCAAAGGGAAUUUGAAUGUGAGAGAGAUCAAGUGUUUGUUAAUGCUCCUUCUAAAGCCUCUCUGUGGAAAUCGUUACCUUCUACCAAGGACUUACGCGACCAGAUUCAGGCAAUGGAGUUAAAAGGUGAACAAAAGAGGAAGAAAGUUGUGGGAAGAAGGAAGAAGAUAGAGUCAAGGGAAAGAAAGAUAAAGAAAACAGAGAAUGAGAUUAAGUCUAUGAGAAAGACUAUGGAGAGGAUUCUCAACAGAAUGCACAAAGCUUUGGAAACCAUUUCACAUGAAAGGACUUGUUUAGAGAAGAAAAUCACAAUUCUAUAUAAUGGUUGACUUAUUGUGAAUAAGUGUAAAAAUAAUUUCAGAAAGC